GACUCUUCCGUCUAUCAAUAUACUUCCUAGCACUAGACAAUACAGCACUCAUGAACGAUCGCGCCGUUCAAGCUUGGGAGAACACCGGGGCGAUUGACCCGCAGCUGGCGUCUCUGUUGUACAAUGGACGAAUCCCCGCCGAAAUUCGCCUACUCAUUCUCAAGCUCGCGCUCACAGACACUGUCGAUCAGGCAGUCACGACGAGUCACGAUUGUCGAAUGAAACAGUGCCACGAGGUCGAUCAAAAUCCAGACCUUGACGAUGGGGAGAGUGAUGUAGGAAAUUUUACAGGUCAAAGAGAAUAA